UCAGGGCCUUUAUGGCUCAUGACUCCUUAAAAUCACUGUAAGAGACGGCGCAAAGCUCCGUGAGUCUUCAAAGCACCGAUGCUCCAUUUCCAACGGUCAUCUUUCCCUCCCUUUCUUCUUCUUCUUGGUCGUCAUCGUCGUCUUCUUCUUCCUCUGCGCUAUCCCGUCGCCCAACCGAGGCAGCUCACCACUCUCACCUCCCUCUUUAACCUCUGCACCAGCCCAAAACACCUCCAGCAGGUCCACACCAGGUUCAUCCUCCAUGGCCUUCACCAGAACCCAUCUGUCUGUUCCGAGCUCAUCAACUGCUACGCCAGCCUCGGCCUCCUCGAGACCUCCGAGAAGGUCUUCGGGUCGAUCAUCGGUAGCCCAAGUGCUAAUAUUUAUGGUGCCAUGAUAAGGAAUUUGCCAAAAAGCGGUGAAUUUGAGAGAAUCCUUCUGCUUUACCGAGAAUUGGUGCAGAACGGGAUGUUAUUGGACGAAGGUUCAUACCCUUUUGUGUUGCAUUCGUGUUCUUGCUUGUCGGAUGUUGGAAGUGGGAUGGGAAUUCAUGGGCAGCUAAUGAAAUUGGGUCUUGAUUCGACUGACUCUGUCGCCACGGGUUUGCUGGAAAUGUACAGAAACUGGGGUCGUCUCGGCAUCGUCGAGCAAGUUGAUGUCGAUAUAAGCCCCAUCAGGGGUCUCAAGAACGAUUGGAAUUCUUUAAUUUAUGAUGCUUCUCGGAGUGGAAAUCCUGAGGCUGUAUUUAGCAUUUUCAGCAGAAUGAGGGCGGCGGGUGCCAGGAUCGAUUCCGGCAGUGUAGUCAACUUGUUGAGGUCUUGUGUUGAUUCGAGCUCAUUGGGACGGGGCAGACUUGUUCAUUCGCUCGCUGUUGUCAGCGGUUUAAGUGGAAAUCUGUCGGUGAAUACUGCUCUGCUGUACGUGUACGCAAAACUGGGAAGUCUAGACAGCGUCCAGUUGUUGUUUGAUAAAAUGCCUGACAGGAAUUGCGUCGUGUGGAAUAUCACCAUAUCAGCUUUUACACAAAAAGGUUACCCAAAGAAAUCCAUGGAUCUAUUGCGCUCAAUGGUUGGAUCGAGGCUUCGGCCCGAUUUAUUUACUGUGAUGGCUUUUGUUCCUGCAGUUUCGCAGCUGAAAUCCAUUAACCACGGAAAAGAAUUGCACACCUACAUUAUUAGGAAUUGCUUAGGCUAUCAAGUCUCGGUUGAUAACUCUAUGAUUGGCAUGUACUGUGAAUGUAAUCACUUGGACUAUGCUCUAAAGGUCUUCGAUGUGUUGGCAGAAAAGAAGACUGAGGUUUCUUGGAGCACUAUGAUUAAAGGGUAUGUAGCAAACGAUCAAGCUCUGGAUGCUCUGUCUCUCUUCUCGAAGAUGAGAUCAGAGGGAGUGGAAGUUGAUUUUGUGACAGUUAUCAACAUCUUGCCUGCAUAUGUGAACAUCGGAGCCUUGGAACAAGUGAGGUAUCUCCACAGCUAUACAAUAAAGUCAGGUCUCGUGUCACUUCCAUCAGUUAGGACUGCCAUUCUUGUUAGCUACGCAAAGUGCGGGUCUAUAGAUAUCGCAAAGGAGCUUUUUGAUGGGGAGGAAGACAUCGGCAGCUGCAAAGAUGUAAUUUCAUGGAACGCCAUGAUUAGUGCAUAUGCUAGGCACGGGAACUGGCCCGAGUGUUUUGAUCUGUAUGAUAGAAUGAAGCGAUCAGAGCUGAGUCCCGACCACAUGACCUUCCUUGGGCUGCUCACAGCCUGUGUAAAUUCAGGGCGAGUGGAAGAAGGGAAGGAGCAUUUUAGGGAUAUGACCACAGCUUACGGGCUUGUGCCGGGCCAAGAACACUAUGCCAGCAUGGUGGAUCUCUUGGGCCGUUCAGGGAGAAUCAGUGAGGCAAAGGAGCUCAUAAGCUCCAUGCCUUUUGAGCCCGAUGCUCGGGUGUGGGGACCGUUGCUGAGUGCCUGUAGGGCCCACUCAGAGACUCAACUAGCAGAGUUAGCAGCUGAAAAGCUGAUAGGAAUGGAGCCUGAGAAUGCGGGGAACUAUGUUCUGUUAUCAAAUGUUUAUGCAGCCUCCGGGAAGUGGGAGGAAGUUGCUAAGAUGAGGAGGUUUUUGAGGGACAAGUGCUUGAAGAAAAACCUAGGAUGCAGUUGGGUGGAGAUUAACGGGACAAUGAAUGAGUUUCAAGUAGCUGAUCGGUCCCAUGAGAAAUGGGAGGAUAUAUAUGGAAUGUUAGAGAACUUGGAGUUGGAAAGCAAGGGGCAAGAAGGGGAAGUUCUAUAAUUAGUAGCAUCUCACCUUUUAGAUACUGAGGGAGCUUCUCGAAUGACCAAUACUUUGCCUCGAUAGACUAGUGUGUCACGGGCUGGCAGUCCGGACUCUGCCCAAGCACAUUGAUAAGAUGGCUCUAAGUUGUGUACUUGUACCCUUUAAGAAGGCGAGCUAACAUGGGCAUUCAAUGCAUAUCCGAGCUACAAGGGGCGUCCAUUUUUGAGGGCCCUGAAAUGAGGAGUUCCGGGCGCUGCAAAUGAAGAUCGGUCCUUGUUUCAGGGAACUUGUGUUUGAGACAUGAGAGAAACAAGCCUCUUGGGCUGUUUAGUCCAAAAGGAAAGAUAUUGGCAGAUACAAUGGGACUGUCUUCAAAGAAUUCAAGGGGAAUUAACACGGAGCAGGUACUCAUUUUUGUAGACGAGAUAACGGAGUACCUGUUCUUGUUGGUGGCUUGAAGAAGAUUGAGAUGAAAUCUUUUCAGGAAUGGAACUUUUAAGGCCAAGAAGACCGUUGAAGGCAAGAGGAGCCAAUUGGUCAUGUAACAUGGAAGACAAAAUCAGAAUUGAUGAUAGUUAGUUUGUAAUUUCUUUUAUUAAAGAAUUACAAAGUUAUCCUUUUCUCGAUUCAAUAGCGUCAAUAGUUUAUGUAUAUGUCUCCGAUAUUGAUAGUUUUACGAACAAGAUAAAAUUAGCGAAUGUGUUUCAUAUAUAAUUGACGAGAAGUGAUGUUACCCUUGUCAA